GCACAAACACACGCACACACAACCGGAGAUAGAUAGGAGCCGAGAAGACCUCUCGAUGCAUUGUCAUUGCGUCACGCGGAGCGCCAUCCUAUAGGCUGUAGCAGCGGUGGUCCCCGUGCCUCCUCUCCUCCGUCAGAGGAUUCGCGAGUCGUUGCUCCGACCUAUUGCGAUGAACCACUUCCAACGUCAUGUUCAGAGCGAUGACACACAAAGUGUAGUGGGCUACGGUACUGUGUAUUGCGCUCUACGGCAACGCCGCGCCGAGGCUCGGAUCAGGAAGUGAAUUUCAAGAAAACAGAAAAUCAGGAGGUAGAAUGACAUAGGGGAGAGGUGGAAUAGAUCAAGCUAGAAGGCACAAACCAACAGACGGAGGGAUCGACCCAAUCCUGGAUCCUCUUUUCGGUUAUUCGGGGACGUAUUGGACGGCAACAUGCUUAUAAAGGAAUUCCGAGUAAUCCUGCCUAUCUCUGUCGAGGAGUACCAGGUGGGCCAGCUGUACUCGGUGGCCGAGGCCAGUAAGAAUGAGACGGGUGGAGGGGAGGGGGUGGAGGUCCUGAAGAAUGAACCCUACGAAAAGGACGGAGAGAAGGGACAGUACACACACAAAAUCUAUCACUUGCAGAGUAAAGUGCCCUCGUUUGUCCGAAUGCUGGCCCCAGCAUCAGCUCUGAAUAUCCAUGAGAAAGCCUGGAAUGCCUACCCAUACUGCCGUACAGUUAUCACUAACGAGUACAUGAAAGAUAACUUCCUGAUCAAGAUCGAAACGUGGCACAAACCGGACAUGGGCCAUCAGGAAAAUGUGCACGCUCUUGAUGCUGAUACCUGGAAAAAGGUGGAUGUUGUGUACAUCGACAUCGCAGACAGGACCCAAGUAGAGCCCAAGGACUACAAGCCAGAGGAGGACCCCUCCAAGUACAAAUCAGUCAAGACCAGCAGGGGGCCACUGGGGCCCGACUGGAAGAAGGAGCUUCCCAAAAAGACAGACUGCCCACACAUGUGUGCCUAUAAACUGGUCACAGUCAAGUUCAAGUGGUGGGGUCUGCAAAAUAAGGUGGAGAACUUCAUCCAGAAGCAAGAGAAGCGUUUGUUCACUAAUUUCCACCGCCAGCUGUUCUGCUGGAUCGACCGGUGGAUUGAACUCAAUAUGGAGGACAUCCGUCGCAUGGAGGAGGAGACACGCAAAGAACUAGACGAGAUGAGAGUGAAGGAUCCAGUGAAGGGCAUGGUGGCUCUAGAAGACUGAGUGUGUGAAGGUCUGUGACUGCUGUGUUCUCUCAGAACAGACCGGUAAUCCCAGACACCAGUGGAUUCACAUUCCCCUCCCGCUCCAACUUACCCCAGAUCUGUCCCGACCAAUGAGAUGACCCCAGAUCGGUCACCACCGAUGAGAUGACCCAAGAUCUGUCUCAAUUUGUCCUGACCAAUAAGCUGAGCCCAGAUCUCUCCCGACGAAUCCACCGCUCCGAUCCAAUCGUACAGUACGGAUGUUCAGAGACCCGGGUAAAACCGGAAUAUACCUGCUCCCCACUGCCCCCCUUCACACCCGCACACACAUACACACACAUUAACCCACACUCUUACACUCCCAAACACACACACACACACAUACACACACAUAUACACACAUUAUCGUACACACAAUAUUGCACACACACACGGACGCACACUCACAAACACACACACACACACACAUCCUUUGCCAGCCCUGCCAUCCAGGAUAAUUCAGUAGCAACACACUAAUAGUCCCUGUAAGAUGUCAAUCAUCCCUCUCUCUCUGUCUCUCUCUUUAGUCCUUUCUCCAAACCUCCCCCCUCCCUCUAGCCCUCUAUCCAAACCAUUCUUAAGAACAGAGAAUAGUAAAAAGUGUCUCGGAAAUUUGGGAUUAGUUUCUAUGUAAAAUAUUUCAAUAUCGCACAGGUGUGUGUAGUGGGAAACUGAGUCAUCGUGUUGAGAUACACAUACAGGGUUUUUAAAAGAUGAUUUUGUCUGUACGUUUUUCUGUUGACGUUUGAUUUGGUUCUAAGCUGUUUCAGCCUUUUUUUGUGUUCUGACUUGUUUUGUUUCUUUGUUUGUUUCUUGAUUUUUCAUGACUCCUGUUACAAUUCCUGUUCUCCUCAACUUGCUAUGUGUGGGAUUUCAUUUUUUUUUUUAUUUGCUCAAAUGAAGAUUUACUUUUACAAAUGAAGAUUGUACAUUUGAGAUAGAUUUAUCGAUUGAUUGAUUGAUUGAUUGAUUGAUUGAUGGAUUGACCAAUCAGAGAAUAUCCUAGUUUGACGAGUACAUUUUCAUUGGCUAAGAAGUUUUUCCGGGUAAAGAGUUGAGGCCGCAUGGUGCAGAUGCUUUGUGAACACACUGUAUGGACUACCUGGUGCAGUGUUCUUCUUGGUACAUAUUAUAGGUCACAGAGCAGAAACUCAACAUUACAACUGAACCUGGAUUCCCCUCUAGUAACCAUUAAAUGUCAAAGUGAAUUGUCA